AUGGUGGAACGCCUCCGCCGCACCCUUAAGGUGGCGCUCAGAUGCUGCCCGCAGUCCUGGGUUGACGCGCUGCCCAUGGUGCUGCUCGGAUUGCGCUCGGCCUACAAGGAGGAUCUCGAGGCCUCGCCCGCGGAGAUGGUGUUUGGUACCGCGCUCCGUCUUCCGGGCCAGUUCUUCGUUACAUCCUCAGUCCAAGCCAACCACAUCAACUUUGUCCACAGUCUCAAACAGCUGUUCCUGUCACUCAGACCGGUGCCAGCUUCGAGACACAGCAACAACCAUCCUUUCAGUUACAGGGACUUGCGAACUUGCUCGCACGUUUUUCUGCGCAUUGACAGCAUUCGCAGGCCACUGGAGCCACCGUACUCGGGACCACACAGGGUGCUCGAACGCACAGGGCACCGCACCUUUGUCAUCGAGCGCGCUGGGGCUCCCAAGGAGGUUUCUGUGGACCAGCUCAAACCAGCCUACCUGGAGGCUGAGGCACGCAAUGGCCCCGCAGACGACUACAUCGCUGAGUCUCCGCCGCUCACAUCUCCGACAGCUGCCCCCCAGGUCGAAACUCAGGCCACACAGCCUGAGCCAACUCCAGCUGCUCAGAAAGCUUGGCGACAUGACUCGUUUCCAGCUGUAACCAAGCUGGUCACUGGAGGGGAAGUGGAUGUGGCGACUCAGCCGACACGCCUGGCGCCAUCUGGCAGGCGCAAGCAACAGCUCAUUCCUCGCGAGCUCUACUAA